AUGGAGACUACCCGAGCUUUAGAACUUUAUAGUGGAAUAGGAGGUUUUCAUUAUAGUGUUUUACAAACCCUAAUAAAUUAUAUUCAUUUUUCAUAUCCAGAUGUAAGAAACACACACAAUGACAUUGCAUCAAACAACAGUGGAGAGAGUUCUCCUUUGGAUAUCUCAAAAAAAUUAAAAAAUGUUGUUCGCUUUAUUUCAAUAGAUCUAAACCCCAUUGCAAAUGAAACAUAUUAUCAUAAUUUUAAAGAAAAUACAAUUUACUUAACCAACAAAAAAGACAUAAACAAAUUUUUUAAAAAUGUUCAUAACUCUUUAAACACGCAGGCUUCUUCAAGCAUGCUAAAAUCGGAAGAAAAUAUAAGCAGUCAAAAUAUAAGCAGUCAAAAUAUAAGAAGCCAAAAUAUAAGCAGUCAACAUAUAAACAGUCAAAAUAUAAGCAGUCAAAAUAUAAGCAGUCAAAAUAUAAGCAGUCAAAAUAUAAGCAGUCAAAAUAUAAGCAGCCAAAAUAUAAGCAGUCAAAAUAUAAGCAGUCAAAAUAUAAGCAGUCAACAUAUAAGCAGCCAAAAUAUAAGCAGUCAAAAUAUAAGCAGUCAAAAUAUAAGCAGUCAAAAUAUAAGCAGUCAACAUAUAAACAGCCAAAAUAUAAGAAGCCAAAAUAAUGAUAACUAUAACAAUCAAUUUGGAGACUCUAAUUUUAUGUCUGAUUUGAAAAAUAAGGAUUACAUUCUCCAAACUGAUAUAAAUAACUUAACUUUUGAAUUUUUUGAUAAUUUUAAAUUUUACAUUUUAUUAAUAUCAAAUCCGUGUCAACCAUAUACAAGGUUAAACAAAAAAUUUAAAGAAAUAAAUUUAACUCAAUUAUAUAAUGAAAAUAAUUAUAUAAAUAAAGAAUUUACAAAGGAAAAACUAAAUGAUGGGUUCCUUUUUAAUCAAAAUUAUUUUAUUAAUAAUGAUUCUAAAGAAAAUACACAAACAUGUUCAUAUUUUAAUAACAACAUAAAUAAUAUCCAUGAUUACAACAACAUUUGCAGUGAUGAAAAGAACCGAUUUGAAAGGUGCAAUAUUAAUAAACGAUCCGAUAUAAAAACAGAAAAAAAUUGUAAAGAUGAAGAAAUCGAUCAAAAUUAUAUUUUAAAUAAUUUGAAGAUUAAUGAUAAAAUAAACCCUUUUGAUAUUGAAAAAGAUAAGAGAACAUAUAGUUUUUUUCAUGUAUGUAAUUUGCUAAAAAAUAUGAAUGUUAAUAGUUUACCUAAAUAUAUAUUUAUUGAAAAUGUAAAAAAUUUUGAAUUAUCAUUUUCUUUUUUAUAUUUUAUAAAUUCUAUUAAAGACAAUUAUAAUUUCCAAACAUAUCUUCUUUCUCCGUUACAAUUUGGAAUACCAAAUGAGCGUCUUCGUUUUUAUUGCAUAUGCAAAAAAAAAAGUAAUGACAAUGAUAAUAUCGAUUUAGAACGUAAAAAAAAUGAACAAAAUAACUUUGCGCCAUAUACAAAUUCACUAAAACCUCGGAAUUUUUUAUCAUUAAAAAAAAAAAAUGAAAAUAUCUUUCCAAAGUUUUACACACCAACCUUAACUACAUUUCUUGAUCAUAAUAAAAAAUAUUUUAUAACAUCCCCAAAAUUAAAUAGGGUAAAUAUUUUAAAUGAAAAAUUGCAAGAUUUCGAAGUUACUAAGAACAUACUUCAAAAACAAUCAGCUUAUUGUUUUGAUAUUAUUGAUAUAAAUAAAAAUGAACAUAUCUGUUGUUUUGAAGCAAGUAAUUAUUAUAAUGAAAAAAAUAAAUUUAUAAAUAAUUCUAGUAAUAAAAAUAACAAUUUAAAUGUGCUAAAUGAUUUCAAGCAAUUACAUGCCACCUGUUUUACAUCCAAUUAUGCACGAUUCAUAAACGGUUCGGGCUCGAUCUUAUAUUUUAAUAAUAAAGACGACCAAAAUAGCUGUCAAAACACAUCAGCACCCUUACAAAAUUAUUAUGACCAGUUAAGAAAAAUUGACAUCCCAGCUAGCCAAAAUACCAACCUUGCUGUUCAUAAUAAAAAUAAUUAUGAUAUCAAAGAAAAUGAAAUAAAAAAAUACGAAAAUCAUGUUCGGUAUUUUACACCAACAGAAAUAUGUAGAUUGAUGGGUUAUAAAAUGCAUACAAAUAAAUUAACUGCUUUUAAUCAAAUUAAUAAAAAUAUUUAUGGAAACAUAUAUUGGAAUAUUGAUCAUAUUAAUCAUGUGUGUGCAUAUACAGACAAUAUACAUUAUUGUGAUAUAAUGGGUACUAACACAUGCAUAUUAAAUUCAGAUAAUAAUGUUGAACCUAUAAAUAAUAGGAAGGAUAGUAAACAAAAUUAUAUUCAAAAUAAUUCAUGUUUAUGUCAUGAAUUUCGAUUUCAUGAGCUUUUAACAAAUAAACAAAAAUAUAAAUUAAUAGGAAAUUCUGUCAAUGUUACCGUUAUAUCUUUAAUUUUCCAAACCUACAAUGUUUUUAAAGAUAUUUUGAAUAUUUAA